CUCGCUUCGGCGCGUUUGCUUGUGCCGCGCUCCAGGACAAUGGUACGGCAAGUUCCGAAAACGAGAACUGUCAAUAUACACACAGUGGGGGCUGCAGAGGAGGAAGCAAAAGAAUAAGAAGAAGCAAAAGAAGGCAACGGAGGAGAACGAUUCUGGCGAAAUUUUCACGGCAUUAUUGUAUCCACAGUGCUGGAGUUAUUGUUGUCCCCGCCGCUACGAUUUGGCCGCAGUUUUGCAGGGGGGGACCUCCCACACCCGCGGAAAACCCCGUGAAUCGACCCGUGUCCCGCGAUUCGGGCGUGUGAAUAAUCGCUGAAAUCACAUCCAUCCCCGUGUCCAAACAGCAUCAAACAGCACCCAAAACGGGGUGACAUCUUUACUUUUUUUGCUGUGGAAACAAAGCCCCAGCGAAGUCCGCGACCAACCAACAAACCCGCUCAAACCGAACCGAAAAUCUUCAAUCAAAGCUCUCAAAGAGUGCAAUUUUUAUCCCUUUCGCCCCUCUGUGCUUGAUUGUUUUCUCCUGUGUGUUUGUGUGUGUGUGCAGUGUUAUGAACGGUGGUGCGGCUGGCCCGGUGGUCCGCGUUGUAAUAUGAGCUCGGAGGGUACAGUGAGUCGGCGUACCAGUGUCUACUAGAGGACUUUUGUUUGUUCGGUGUGGCCCGAGAAGGGCCCGAGAAGCGACCAGGAGAAGAGACUGCGCACGCAAAAUGCACGACCGAAGGGCGGCCAUGUGCUACGGGCUGGUGUACAUACUGUGCACCCAGGUGCUGUCCACCAACUCACGCACCUCCACCCUGUGGAAGCUAAACACGGAGGAGGGCAAGAUUGUCAGCGGGACCGGCGGUAGCAACUGCAAACUGCAGAGUUCCGGUGCGGGCGAAAGUAAGAUGACCGCAGCUGGCGAGAGCAGUUCCACCACCACCGGCAGCAGCAACAACAAUAACAAUGGGGACGAAUCCUUGGUGGACCCGUACCAUCCGGAGGAGGACGAGGAUUCGACGUUUCAAAUCAUCACCAUCACCGCGGCCAACUAUCGAGACAACACGUGGAGGCGGCACGCGCGCGGAAAAUUGAUUGUGAACCUCCCGAAAGCGACGCCGGAUAGUGAGGGGGCGGCGGCAAACCACAAGGGAACCGCGAACCACCCGACCACCAGCCCGGAAUCGGCGGACGUGCUGGACUGUGGCAAACCGGUCAACUUUACCUACUACGACGAUCUGAUCGGCGUGGCCCAGCGGUACAGCCAUCCGGUCGUGCCCGAGCCGGAGGUCGCCUUCCUCUUUCUCAAGAAGAAGGGCCCGAAGUCGCUGAAAAACUUCGACAUCGAUGCGCUCGAGCGGCGGCUCCGCAAGGCGAAGGCGGAGAAACCGCGGUCGGUGCAGCUGUACAACCAGAUCGGCAACUUUUGGCGAAUAAAGGGCGACGCCCGGCACUCGAUCGAGUGCUUUCGCAGCGCGCUCGCGAUGGCACCGACCAACGCGGAGGUGCUGCUCAACCUGGCCCGGGUGCUGUUCAACCUGCAGUACCUGGACGAUGCGAUACAUCUUACCAGACGCUCGCUGGAGGUGCAGCCGAGGGAUCGCAGCGCCUGGCGGCAGUACUUUACGCUCGGCGAAAUUUUCAAAGCGUACGGCCACUUCCAGGAGUCGGUAAACCAUCUGCGCCAGGCGCUGGAACUCUACCCGCAGUACGAACCGAUCAAGAAGGCGAUCGCCGACGUGGAGAACAUUUCCGCCUCCUCGCUACACAUCUUUACCGUCAUCAUCAUCAUUUUCCUGGUGAUGUGCGUGCUGUAUGUGAUCCUUUCGUCGAACGAAAGCAGCCAGAACAACCACGAGCUGGAGCAGAAGGCGGCCCGCCACUUUAACCGUGCGAUGGCGAUGCGCUCGCUAAAGGGCUUCACGCAGCGUUCGUUUAAGAAUAGAAAGUAAACCUCCCCCUGCUCGAGACGCAAGAUCCUAGCACCACCUUCCUGCGGUAACGGAAGGGUGUUGUUCUGCGCGAAGUAACGCCGGGCAGAAGAAGAUGAUAGGCCGCUAGCAAACGCGAGAAGCUAGAUGGAGAAAGCUAAUCUCUCUGUAGCGCAAUGAGUCGCACAGAUCUAUAUACAUGUAUAUGUAGGGGUUUGUGAGUGUGUGUGGGUGUGUGUGUGUGUGUGUGGGUGUGUUUGCGGGUGCGUAGAUCGCUCUUGGUGGAAAUGCGGACAGUCUUGCGGCUAGGAUGUUGCGCGUCAAACAGUGGUGGCGUGUGCUGCAGCAGGAUGGUAGGAGAUUUAUAGUUUGUAAGCAAAAAUUGAGAUUCGUGAAAAUCUUCCAAUAUGCCACACCGAAUACGCCCGCUCACACACACAUUCGCACACACAGACACACACACACAGACACACGUCCACACACUGAACCGCGUGCAAAGUAGAAGGCAGGAAAAGGGCAGGCAAACAAUUUGACCGCGAGAGAAGGAGCAAUUCCAAUUGGAAUCCAAACUUCGUAUCGAGAUCAUAUAGUAAUCGUGCGCGAAGGCAGCAGGAAAAGGAAGCAUAGCAAAGAACAAAGAAAAACACACACACUCACACAGAAAUUGCUAAUCUAAUUACUAUUACACUAACUAUUGCAACAGCUACUAUUGUAAAACGGCUGGUGAGGUGAGGCUGCGGCUGAGAUAGGCGCAAUAGGCGCCCCCAGAAUAGAGUUGGUUGGUGUCUGUGUGUGUAUGUGUGUGUUACACAAUCGCCACCCAGUCUCCAUCCCAUCUUAAUAAUCCCUGCUCGCCCCCCCACAAAAAAAGGAGAGUGGCCUGUGUGCCGCCUUGGAAAGGAAUGUGCGCGCUCGUUCGUAGGAUCGUUCGAAUUAAGAAGCUUCACUUCUGCGUUGCGGGUAGAGUUUGUGUUGAGAUUAGUGCAUGUGAUCGUCAUUAUUUUUCGGAUUAUUUUUUUUAUCCUAUAAUUUUACGUAUACGCAAGCGUUGACGUUUCUGCUAGCGGACAGACUACACUGCCCUCCAAUAUCGUUCACACACACACACACACACACACACACACACACACACACACACACACACACACACACACACACACACACACACACACACACACACACACACACACACACACACACACACACACACACACACACCAAGCCCCCCGGAUUCGGUAUUAAGCAUUAACCGAUACAAUUCGCCAGUACAAGUACAACCGAGCAGGAGAGAUUCGCUGAAGAAGGAAAAAAGAAUGAAAUUCCGUACUUUUUUUUAAUGAACAAAAAAAUCCAAAAUAAUUAUGUGUUUAUGCUGCGUUUAUUAUUUUCAUUAUUUUUUUUGUGUUAAAGAAAGCUUUCGGAGCGUAGGUAGUGCGACGGCAAGGAAUCGGUUGAUGGAAUGAGGAUGCGUAGUGAGGAAUUCUCUUCUUUCUUUUCCGUUGAAGAAUCGAAUUGUGAUACAACUUGCGUUUUUUUUUAAUUAUUUACGAACGCAUUUAUUGUGCGAUUUAGGAAGCGCCACCAUUAUUUAAACGUGGCUCAAACGUGGCUUUUAGCGAUUAAGUGCGCAUUGGCGGGGUAAGGAUGCGCUGAUGGUGCGGUAGUUCGCUCUGCUUACCGACAUUCGUUUUGUUUUCGGUUGCAUUGAAUUGGAUGGAAUGCCACUGCAAGUGCUUUCCGUGUGCGUUUUCACCUGUCACGUUCGUUCCCGCCACUGGACGCCCAACGUGGCACGCGACAGUCCCAUCAGCUAUCAGGUGCAGGUUGCAACUGCAAAUGCCAUGAAAACAUAACAAGCACAACAUAAUCUGUACUUAGGCCAGGCUGGAAAUGGGAAUGGCACCGAAAGCUAUCGUUAUCUCUCAGCGCUGUGUGCGUGUGUGUGUGUGUGUGUACGUGUUGGCCGUGUGUCCGAUUAACGGGCAACGCGCAGAUAUGGUUGUUCUCAAUGUUCUCGUCAGUUUGUCGUAGAAUUUGGUUUUAUUUUUCUUUUCUUUUUUUUUGCUUCCGAUAUGCGAUAAGAUAUCCUACACAGACGGCACACGUUCAGCCCGCACCGACCCCAUAUAGAGUCCCCAUAAAAAAGGGAAAUCGGCUAGGAAAAGAAAAGGGUUGUUCAUCAGGCGGGGUAUGUUUCUCCGAUUUUCGUUCAACCCAAAUUACUACAGCCACAGCAAACAUUGGAAUAGUUUAGUGUUAAAUAUAUACUAUCAACAAGCAGCAGCAGCAUCUGCGGACUAUUAAAAAAACCCUGAACGGCUCUUCUGAUCGUA